AUGUCCGUGAAACCCAUUGACAAUUUCAUUAUGAACAGUGUUCGCCUUUUUGAGGUGAAUCCAUCUCAAACACUCUUCUCUAUAUCAUAUAAACCGCCUACGCCAAAGAGAGACACCAAAGUCUCCUUUAGAACUCAUAACUCGCAUUUAUCCUCGAACUAUAGAUAUACUACUAAUAAGAGUAAAGAUGUUUCAAGAUUGCUUAGUGCGUUAGGCCCACGAGGCGUGUCUAUAACUCCAGGUAAAAUCGAAAAAAUAGCACAAUUGAAGAAGAAGCAAAAGAACAGCACGAUAAAAGAAUCAGGUAAAAAAGCAAAAGGUAAAAGCAUCCAAGACGUUGUGGGUCUAGCCACUUUAAUUGUCAACACAGAUGUUGAAAAGAGCGAUCCCGCGGCCAAGAAAACUGCUACGGGGCAGAAACAAAAUGCAAAUGCUGUCCAAGAUAGCAAUAGUAACUCUUCAGCUUCAAAAAAGAAAAAAAAUAAAAACAAGGGCAAGAAGAAGCGUUAA